GAAAACCAGACACCACUGGGACUUCCCCAGCCUCCUUCUGACGACGCCGGCACCACCAAGCUCAAUGUCGGCGGUCAGGCGGUAAAGCUAGAUCACCUAGGGCCGCUCGUCGUCAACAAGGACGGCACCUUGUCGCGCAUUGCCAAUUGGGAGCACAUGACGGAGAUUGAGAAGCAGAAUACCCUGAGGAUCUUGGUAAAGCGAAAUCAAAUCAGGACAGACGCGCUCAAGGAGAGU